GACUUGUUAUUCAUCACUGUCAAGCUCUCUGCGUUUGGCCGCACCUUUUUUCCGCUUUUUUUCCAGGACUUUUCUCAUUGCCUGGUUGCCUUGGUGUAUCUGCUUAGCUAUUUCAUAGCCUUUCUGAUACUAGGUGCUUGCCUACGGCCUUCUCUGUCUCUUUGUGUGUCAAGGGUAUCGUUAGUGUUGACCUUCUUGUCCCACAAGCAUAGAUACCCAUUAUAAACAUAUAGUCCUACACCAUUCCGUCUCACACCUCAUCAUGACUAUCCUUAAGUCUGUCCCAUCCUCUACCGAGGCUGUCUUCCCCUACAUCAACCAUGACCCAGCAACCCUACCACACUCCAUAGACCCCUUCACAAUUACUACUGCUUCGGGCUUCAUGCCUUACCAGAUUGGUCCUACCGAACUACCCCCUGUCUUCAAACCCCUGACAGACCUCCUGGAACGCAUGCCCGUCCUCAAACUAGACGGCAAGCCAGGCCUCCUUGCCACUUAUGAACUUGGCAAAGCUGUCAAGGGAUUUCCCGAUCUCACUGAUGAGAUUGACAAGGUACUUACCAAGGAUGGGAAGAAGGAUCUUUACAUGUUGACUGCCAUCUUCCGUGAUUACUCCUAUGUUGCGUCGGCAUAUAUCCUUGAGCCAUGUUGGGAGAACUGGUGUAAGAAUCCUGAAGGUGGGUAUGGAUUGGGAAGGGAAGUUCUUCCUCAUACUAUUGCUGGACCUAUGUGGCGUUGUGCCGAGAUAUUGGACCUUCCUCCUUUCCUAUCCUAUGCUGCCUCUUAUGCUCUAUUCAACUACACCCUUGAAGAUCCUUCAAGGGGCUAUGAAUACGACAAUCUGCGUCUUAUCCGCGGCUUCGAACAUGGCCUCGACCCAAAAAGUUCCGAAGCUGGCUUCAUCCUGACGCAUGUUGACAUGGUCAAAGAGACAGCCCCCUUGAUCCAUGGAGCAGUUCAAAUCCUCGAUGGCGUUGAGCAUGAUAGUCGACGUACUGCUGUCAAUGAAGGGUUUAGGGAGAUACUUCGGGCUAUGGAAGUUAUUGAAGCUUCUAUGGAAGAUAUGUGGAAGAACUCCAAGCCAGCUGACUAUUUGACGUUCCGUGUUUUCAUCUUCGGAAUUACGUCGCAGUCCAUGUUUCCCAAUGGAGUUAUCUACGAGGGUAUCAACGAUAACCAUCCCAUGUACUUUCGCGGAGAAAGUGGUGCCAACGACGCCAUUAUCCCUCUCCUAGACCACCUCCUCCAAAUCCCCAUGCCAGACACACCCCUAACCAAGAUCCUCCACGAAUUCCGCGCCUAUCGUCCUCGCCCUCAUCGCGAGUUCUUAUCGUACGUAGCCAACACAGCCGAAAAACUGAACAUCCGGGACUUUGCGGUUCAAGAUGAUGAAACCGCUAUUCUUUACCUCAAGACGCUCGAUCACGUACGCAGUUUCCGUUGGAGACAUUGGUUGUUUGCUAGGGAGUACAUUAUUCGUCGUACUGCACAUCCAACGGCUACAGGGGGUAGUCCUAUCGUUACGUGGCUCCCAAAUCAACUCUCAGCAGUCAUGGAUCUCAUGAUCGAAAUCUACGAUACAUACAUCAAGGACAAAGCAACUGCGACGACUGUUGAUGGGCCCGCCCUUAACGAUUCGGAACCGGAUCUGAUUGCCUCGUAUAAGAAGCAGAUUGUCCCUAUGAUGGAGCAGGUUCAUGAGCAAAAGGAGAAGCUAGCCAGGGAGGUGGAGAGGUGGUGUAAGGAACGCGGCGUUUGAUUUCGUAUAAGCUUGUUUUUAUUUUUUGGCUACUCGUUUACUAUGUAGAUGUAUGGGCACCUAGGCCCGCUGUACGCUCCGUGUUUGAGUUCAUUGCGAGAUCCUACACCUGCUAUAAAGCGUAUCCA